CUAAAUUAAAGUUCCCCCAAUCCUCCCAAAACAAGAACGAGAAGACGAGCGAAUCCGAAACGAAAAUGUGAAAACUGAUACACGCAACAAAAUGAGCGACAACAUUCUCUUGGAUUGCUUACCUAAUUUCUUCGAGAGAGAGAGAGAGAGAGAGAGAGAGAGUACUAUUGGUAUUAGGGAUGGAUUUUCGGUUAGUUCGGUUAUAACCGAUAACCGAAGUGUCUGUUACCGGUUAACCGUGGAAGCAGCCGUGCCUACCGCCAACCGCCCGAAGGAGAGCUUCGGUUAGCCGGCAACUGACCGAUCGGUUAUCGGUUAGUUGCUCGAUUAACCGAGCUAACCGCGACAUACAAUAAAAAUCGGCGAGGAUGGCGGAGAUUGACGUCGGGAAGGCGGCAGGGAGAUGGUGGCGUCGGCGGCAGGGAGAGAGUGAGGGAGAGGGCCGGCGGCGGCAGGGGCAGGCGCAGCGGCAGGGAAAGUGAGGGCGGCGGAUCGAGCCCCAACCCAUAGUCUAUCAUCGCCGCAUCAGCAGAUGGCGGCGGCAGAUCUGGUGUCGAAGAUGAAGAAGACCCUCGAUGCCCAACUGAUGAUGACGAUUUGUGACGGGGAUUGGCGACGGAGAUGAUGAUGCAGAUUGAGCCCCAAUUCAAUUCCUAUCGCCUCCGCUUCGAAACCAAAUCUUCCUUUCGCCUGCUCCCUCUCUCCCCUUCAUUUUCCCCAAUCGGCUGCUGCUUCUGCUUUCCAUGCUCUGCAAAGAGCAGUCAGCUUGUCGUCGAUUCGUCAGGGAAGCGAGAGGGAGAUGGCAGAGACUGGCGUCGGGGAGGCGGGAGGGCGAUGGUGGCGUCGGCGGCAGGGAGAGAGUGAGGGAGAGAGCCGGCGACGGCGCGCAGCAGGGAGAGAGUGAGGGGCAGGCGCGGCGGUGGGGAGAGUGAGGGCGGCGCCGCGGCGGCAGGGAGAGGGAGAGGAAGAGUGAAUCGCGUUGGUGGAAGCCUGGAAUGGAGAGUGGAAGCCUGAAUCGCGAUGGUUAGGGUAGAAGACAGACACAGAUACGGCGGCGUUUUAAGAGGGGAGGAUGCGCCGGUUAGUCGGUUUAACCGGCGGUUAUUUAUACCGGUUAGCCGGUUAACCGGCCUCCUCAACCCUUCUACCGCCAACCGCCCGCGCCCUUUGUUUUUCGGUUACCGGUUAAUCGGUAACCGCAGGUUAUCGGUGUAACCGGCCGGUUAACCGACAACCGAUAACCGAAUGGCCAACCCUAAUUGGUAUGUAUGAAAAUUCUAUUAUUGAUGGAUUUGCUAAAUUAAAAUAUUUUCUUGUACAAUUCGCAUUAUAAUGAAAAUUAUAAAUAUUAUAUAUUUUUGUUUAUAAUAUGUAAUAUUCUAUUAAAAUACGGCCCAAUGCUGACAUCUCCCGCUGAGUUGGGCUUUUUUUUUUAACGUUUGGUGUUUUGGGCAAAGCAAACAAAAUGUAGAAACAAGGAAUGAUCAUACCAUGGAUUUGGUUUGGCCGUUGGGACAGAAAUGGGAGGUACUGGAGUGAGAGUGACGAUUGACAACAAAUAGUAAAUAAUAUUUUAUUAAUACAAGUAUCUUGUUCAGUAGUCAGUCCCACACCAGCAGCAUAUUUAUUUAGGGAGGAGGGAGGGACUCCAGAUUCAUGCAUUUUUCAGAUUUUCUUCAUAAAAUAUGUCUUUUUUCUGGGAGUUGAUGCCACAUUCAUUAAAAAAGGCAUAGGGGGAAUUUCCUUCGUUUUCUCAUCUUACUGAGAUGUACUGACACAUACAUUUUGAGUUUCUCAGUCUGUUUCCCUCUUCUUUAUUACAAGUUUUUUUUAUAGAAAAUGUAAAGUUAAAAGGAUAAUUUUAUUCCAUAUUUUUAUUAAUUUGUGAAUAUUCGCUUCAAUUUUAUAAAAAAAAAACACGAUCAGUAGUCAAUCGACUUUACGUUGUCUACUACCGAUUAGAAGUGUAAUUUUUAAUUUGAAUUAAAAAAAUGUGGUUUCUUUUGUGAGAUGGUUGGAAUGAUUUAUUAGAUAUUUUGGUGAUGAUAUGAAUUUGAACUUGUUUAUGGUCAUUGAUAAUUUCAUUCUUAAAUUAGUGUAAUAUACAAGUCUUAUAUGUUAUAUAUCAUGAACGGUUCUAUCAACGGUUCACCAACGAUUUUGUAACCUUUAACCGCUGAACCCUAAACCACUAAUGUUUCCGGUCCAGCCUCCGGUCCGGUUAUGAAAACAGAUGUUUUUUGUCAAUAAGAAAUGAAUACUCUGAAAAUGUAAGAUAGUUCGUCACAAAGUUGGACUCUUAGAAAAAUAUGUUCGACCUAAACCAUCCAAAUCAAUUAGCGUUGAUGACGAAUCUUGACAAUCCAAUCCAUAAUGUUGGUGUUUGUGUGUGGUGGUGGUUUCUAUAAGGUGAUUUUCCUAUUAUUAGUUUUGUUGUUUCUUUGGCAGCUCUUCCUUUCUGCCCAAAAAUAAUCAAUACAUAAUUCUUUCUUCAAAUCUUGCUCUAAACUUUUGUGCCCAUUGCUCUGUUCCGCACGCCCUAUUCUAGUCGCAAGUUCAUUCAUCUCCCUAAAAUAUAUAUAUAAAAACAUAGCUUGCAGCACACUCUCCUAACAAUUUAAUGCUAUCCAGAUACUUAUUUUUAUGAUGUUCCCAACACUUAAAAAAAUAUAAUAUUUUUU